CCCCAGUCGUCAUUGUUCCUGUUUCAUGUCGAUGCGCUGUUUGUUUUUCUGGUUUUGUUCAUUUAUUUCUUAAACGUAUUCACUCCCCGAAUUUGCGUCCCGACUCUCAGCGUACAUCCGUACAAUCCGAAACGCAACCAAAAUAAACUGUAUAAUACAUCCAGGUUUGUAGAGCCACAAGCUUGAUGUAGUCACAUGCUAAGAAUAUAGGACCAAAUACUAACGUUUCGACUACUUUAAUAUACAAGUGAAUUUGUGUAAAAAAAAUAAAAACACGUCUUCAAAUGGUGGGAAUAGAUAAAGCGCGCUCAUUUCUAAAUGGUAAAACACGUGAGAAAUACCCUCAAAUAAAAGGUGACAUUCUGUACUGUCACCUCAUCUGAAACAUUUGAUCUCCAAUCCAAAACGUGGGAGUAUAGAGCGAAAUUUACACCGUUUAGCUUCACUGUCCAAAUAAAUACAGAAUACGAGUGCACGUGUAGGUUACUUACUCAUUCACUUCUGUACCUCACGACCAUAGAGCGGGUCCCAUCCCCAACCUGAACACAUAACGCGACAUAUACCGGGUUCUAUAGAUAGCGUGAUCAGCUCCCAACCUCAUGUAUACACAACUUUAAAUCCAGUAAUCUACAAGACCACGCCAGAAUGACUGCAUCUAAAAUAGGUCAGAAACUGCAAAUGCACGCCAGGUAAUUAUCUUGAGAAAAACAGCAGAGGUGGAUGAGGAAAUGCCUACAUUUAUACCAUGUGUGUGUGGCAUCGUGUUAAAGAGAAGGAGAGAAAAGGAGAAAGAGAGUUGCGGACUAUUCAGUGAAUAAAUUGCUAACAGUUCUGAACAUAAACUGCAGGGAUCUAGUUAGAGAGUUGGGAGAGCUCAUUCUAUCUGUCCACCGUGCUGCUAUGGAACGCUGACGGGCUCAUAAUCCAUACGGUUCAUUCGGUCAUGCAGUGCUAAUCUAAGAUCCCUAGCAGGUUGGAGAUGAACUAGUAGCAGAGAGAGCGCGAGAGAGAGGCAGUGACCAUCGAUUUAGGCCAAUAGCAUCACAGGGCAAACACUGGCCAGGGACAGGAGAGAAAUAGAAGGAGAGAGAGUGGGCGCCAUACAGACAACACAUACACAUUGAGACAAACGCUAGGAAUCCAGAAACUACGCCCACAAGCUAGUUUUACAAAGACAAGGAUGGCCACCACGAUUUCUGCCAGUAUCUAGUGAAGCCCACCUGAACACAACUCUACAGUCCGGAGUUGACACAUUGUCCACCUGCUCAGCGUGUCCAGCUAAACCCACUGCCCUGGACCUGCUGCGGGGGGACACAGACUGGGAGAAGGAGGAGAGAGGGGAACAAGAGGACCAGCGGCAGGUCAGGAAAGAGACUCGAGCGGCGCCUCCGAGGAGCCAUGAGGACGGCCAGGCGGGCCAGCACCGUGGAGGUGCCCUCCUUCCUCCGCCAGCUGGCCAAGGAGACAGAGAAGAUGGUCACCUUCUUCUUUAAGGGGGGGCAGAGAGAUGGCCAGGAGGGGAGCGAAGAGGACUCCAGUGAUGAGGAUAACGGGCCGAGCGUCUACCUGGACCGGCCCGUCCUGGAUAAACACACGGCCGAGGGGAGGUCUCAGUGGGGGGUGAACUAUGCAACGGCCAGCAUGCAGGGCUGGAGGGCGCAGAUGGAGGACGCCCACGCCUGCAUGCCGGAGAUGGGAGGGGAGCUGGCGGAGUGGGGCUACUAUGCAGUGUUUGAUGGACACGCUGGCAACACGGUGGCACAGUACUGCUCCCAUAACCUGCUGCAACACAUCCUCGCUACAGGGCGCGUAAAGGCACAGGAGGACCCUGAUGACGUGAAGGAGGGGAUCGUCGAGGGCUUCCUGGCCAUUGACAGCCACAUGCACACGCUGACGCGCCAGGAAUGCUGGGAGCGCAGCGGCUCCACGGCGGCCGCCGUCAUGCUCUCGCCGCAGUACGUCUACUUCGUCAACUGUGGCGACUCGCGGACGCUCCUCUGCCGCGACGGCCAGGUCAUCUUCUACACGGAGGACCACAAGCCCUUCAACCCCAGGGAGAAGGAGCGGAUACAGAACGCGGGCGGCUCGGUGACCCAGCAUAGGGUGAACGGCUCCCUCGCCGUGUCCAGGUCCCUGGGAGACUUUGACUUUAAGGAGGUGGACUGGAGGUCCCAGACUGAGCAGCUGGUCUCCCCAGAGCCAGAGGUGUACGAGCUGGAGAGGUCCCCGCAAGACGAGUUCCUCAUAGUGGCUUGUGACGGAGUGUGGGACGCCAUCGGCAACGAGGAGCUGUGUGCGUUCGUCCACAGUCGCCUGCAGGUGUGCGAUGACCUGAGGGAGAUCUGCAACCAGGUCAUUGACCUCUGCCUCUAUAAGGGUAGUUUGGACAACAUGAGCAUCAUCAUCGUGACCUUCCCUGGUGCACCCCAGGUGUCACAAGAGGCCCUACAAAAAGAGGCCGAGCUAGAGACAAUCCUCGAAGCCAAAGUGGAAGAGAUUGUCAACUUGCUAAAGUCGCGGGACAAGGACCCGGACCUGCUGUACGUGAUGAAGUUUCUGGUCUCUGAGGACAUACCUGGCCUGCCACCAGGGGGAGGAGUCACCAGCAAAAGAGACUGUGUCAUCUCUGCAUAUCAGAAGUUUGUAACGCCCUUCAGAUCUCUGGAACCAAUGGUAGGAGAAGACCAAACAUAGAGGGCACGCUCUUGCACUCCUGACACGUAAUUGACGCGUCGCAUUCCAGGACAUCGGAGGAUCUGAAGAGUCCAACCAGUCGUGUCCAUGGAAAUGUGUUCUUCAGCCUCUCGUAUCCAUGGCGACCAUUUAGAAUUGGGGCCUCCGCUUUUCAGCUGAGCAAACAGCCAAUAGCUAAAUAAAGAACUAUGGUGGGAGGGGGUGUGACCUGGGCCUGUCCUUAGCCAAUCAUCUCUUCUCUGUUCCUCAUUUGCACUGUCUAUCAAUAAGUCUACUGGAGCAUCAGAGAAUAGCAAAUAGUUAGCAUUAUUCCAGUAAGGGAAGAAUUACAUAUUCCAAAACAUGAUAAUUAGAUAUAAUAUUUAUUAACUUUCUUACUUUACACUUUACAGUGCCUGGGUAGUUAAUUUUCUUCAAGACUAGAAGCUUAUGAAUAAGGCUAAUCAUGUUACUUCAUUUAAAAUGCCGCAUCAAAUUCAAUUGAAAAAAAACCCAGUGAAGGCUCCGAUAUGCAUGUGUCCUGUGAUGGCAUGGCCUACACUAAAUAAUCUGCAUAAUCCUGUGAGGGACCAUAGGUGACAGGAAUAGAUGUGUGUGUCAUGACGAUGAUGGACACCACAUCAUAUGUCCAAGGGUGUGUGAAUGUGUGUGUGUGUGUGAGUGGAUAACAUGGGCUGGGGGAUUAUUAGCACACACACUGUAACCUGUUGCAGUUUGGAGCACAGACGCUGACAGUUAGACACGAUUGAGACCCGUGUGACAGGUAAAGGAGUACAGCUACAGGUCAAAUGUUCUUCUGCUUUUGAAAAUAAGUGUGUUUUUGCCGUUGGCACGUUUUUUUAUUUUCGAUUACAUGUCAUUGUGCUGCCUUACAAAGCUCUCUGUUGCUGUACGGUUACUUAAUUCCUCCUUCGGAUCACACCAAACGGGUGGACAUAGUAGCUGUAUUCCGUGACAGAGGUCAGAGGUCAAAAAGAGCUAGACUCGAGAUCAAACACUGCUGCGGCAUGUCCUUGUGAAUCCUAUGAAAUCGGGAGGAAGUGGGAUCCAAGAGCGCAACAGGUUACCAUGAGGACUUUCACAAAUGUAUGUCAGUGAUUUGAUGACUGUAUGGGCAUCGCAUUUUAAGCCCUUAACUGACCCAAGGGGCAAUAAAUGAAUUAAAUAAAAUGACAUUCUGGGAUUUUU